UUUGUCAGAUUAGCAUAGCAUUGUACUACGACGCAGUUUACGAAUAUUCCGAACCGAGAAUAUUACGAACAGAAACCUCAACGGAGUAAAGUGAAUAAUACCGUAUACCAUAGAGAAGACAGUAAACGAAGUAAAUAUAUGUAGAGAAGUCGCGGACGGCUUGCGUAUAUAUUUCGAUUUCGCAUAUUACCUCAUCUCCUGUUAUAUAGUGCUUCCUGUUGAACCGGUAAAAUAUAACAAUCACCCCACCACCACCACCAUCAUCAUUAACCGUCGUUUAUAAAAAAGAGGCCGCAAGAGGACGAGCGACAAAUGAUAUUGACUGGUUUAGUCGUAAUGGCGAAGCUCGCCGAAGAGCCGCUGGAAACGGAAGACAUUCUAACGAUUUGUUGGGAGCAGAGUCAACACAAGUACACAGAGAGAAGAUUACUAGCUGUUGAAUGUUGCUCCUACAUACCAAUAUCAGCUGCUGUUAGAAACUCGUUGAUGCUGUCAAUGCGCUUCCGGAGUAGUACUACCGGAACUGAGGCAUCUCAAAACGUUGGUAAAUCAAUGCCUACCUCAGCAAGAAGAUGCAGUGCGUUUCUUGCUCAGAGAAGCGGAGUGCAGGCAGUAUUUACUGAAUGAAG